AUGGCACUUGUAGCCUACUCAGAUUCAGAAACAUCCGACGUGGAACUCGACACCACGCCAGCAGCCCCAGCCGAAAAGCCCAAAAAGUCCGACACGGUCCCAGAUUUCCACGUCGAUCGUGGCAACCCGCGCAAAAUCCGCGUCGCCCUGCCAGACCUCAAACCCGAACCGACGGCGACCGAUGCGGGAGAGGAGGGUCCUGCGCGGAAGAGGACUAAACUCGGAGGAGGUGGAGGAGGAAGCGCUUUCUCUGGCUUCAACUCUUUCUUGCCGGCGCCGAAACGCCUGGCCGAGAAGAAAGCCUCGACUCCUUCAACGCGCAAAAUCUUCAGUCUGAAGACAGGCGCCGAGCCUGGAUUUGAUCGGACGGCCGAUGCGGAGAUGCGGAACACUUUGGCCCAGGAGUCCAAUCCUGGGCCCACGAGCAACGAAGCACCGUCUCUCACGGAACCCAAGCCGCAACCCCAAAAGACCGAGGCGGGUGAAAUCAAACUGCAAGGAAACCCGAUGAUGUUCCGGCCAUUGUCAGUUGCGCGAAACCAGAAGAAAAAGAAGCCCUCGGUGGCCAUGACCGCCUCCGCAUCAACCCCACCGACCUCAACGACCACGACGAUAUCCAACCCGGUGGAUCGGACGGUCGAAACAUCCACACAAGUUGCACCGGCAGCGGCUCCGGCAUCAGCACCACCAAAACAACCAAAGGUCAGCCUCUUCUCGCUAUCUUCCUCGGAAGACCGAGCCGCCACCGAGACCAUACCGGCCAUCUCAACCACAACAGGCAACUAUGAGCCGCUAGUGUACACGACCGAAACCGAGCACGAGAUCUCCUCCACAUCAUACUCGGAAGAUCCUGCUCUGGCGUCAGACGUCCGGCCCACAGAAUCAACAUAUUACCCCAGCAAUGCCUCCGUCUCAUCAUCCCUAGACACCAUCGCCAAUGAUCUCAACCUGUCCAAAGCAGAGCGGCGACAACUCUUCGGCCGCAAUGCGCCAUCCGCAGACUCUCGCAUCCUCACCUUCAAUACCGACAAAGAAUACGCCUCCAACCAGGCCAUCAGCGAGGCCGAACUGGCUGCCACCCAACAUAAUCCCGUCCGGGCCAUUGCUCCCGGCAAGCAUACCUUGCAGCAACUGGUCAAUGCCGCUAGUAGUCAGAAGGAUGCGUUGGAGGAGAGCUUUGCCACGGGGAGGAGGAACAAGAAGGAAGCGGGGUCGAAGUAUGGAUGGUGA